AUGGCCUCGCUAGUGAGGCAUUUGCUGCAGCUCCCAGCUGAUGACCCCCAGUUCGCCCGUCUCGCGGCGGCCGCGGUGUUGGUGGCGCGGGAUGGCCGAAGCGGCUUCGGCUGGUCCACGGAGGAGAUGGAGCUGCUGCGGCACGAAGUGCAGAGCUGGGAGGGCGCCUGGCGCGUUUUCCUCGCAGCAGGAGGCCCUUUAGAGGCAACCGCCGUGGAGGCGGCUGCGCUCCACUUGGCCUUCAGAGAGAUGGAGGCUGCCGUGCAGAAAGGCACACCCAUCCCGCACCCAGAGGAGCUGCUUCUGAGGAUAGCCACGGCGCUCUUGGGUGGGAGCUACUCUUCGCGCCAAGAUGUGGAGGCUGCGGUCUCAUGGCUGCUGACGGGUGGCGGCGUUGGGGGGUUAUCCCCCGUUGCGGAGGAUGCCUUGUCCACGUGCUUGACCUCUAGACAGUUCGGCCACGGUGGCGCCUCGCGGGUCGCUUGCCUCGUCGGGGCGAUGCUGGCGCGACCGCCGGGGGCUGGGCAGGCUCCAGACCAACGCAUGAGGCCCUGCAGCACCUCGCCGAACAAAGCAAAAACUGCAACCUCCAGUGCUGGAGUUGUCUUCUGA